AUGUCUUCCCGGCCCGGGCGCGACGACGCGGGGGCCGGGGGCGUGCGGAGGCCGCGGGAGCCGGCCGAGCAGGAGCUGCAGCGGCGCCGGGAGCAGAAGCGGCGGCGGCACGACGCGCAGCAGCUGCAGCAGCUCAAGCACCUGGAGUCCUUUUAUGAAAAACCUCCUCCUGGGCUUAUCAAGGAAGAUGAGACUAAGCCAGAAGACUGUAUACCAGAUGUACCAGGCAACGAACAUGCCAGGGAAUUUCUGGCUCACGCACCAACGAAAGGACUCUGGAUGCCACUGGGGAAAGAAGUCAAAGUUAUGCAGUGUUGGCGUUGUAAACGGUAUGGUCACCGAACAGGCGACAAAGAAUGCCCUUUUUUUAUCAAAGGCAACCAAAAGUUAGAACAGUUCAGAGUAGCACAUGAAGAUCCCAUGUAUGACAUCAUACGAGAGAAUAAAAGACAUGAAAAGGAUGUAAGGAUACAGCAGUUGAAACAGUUACUGGAGGAUUCUACAUCCGGUGAGAAUGGGAGCAGCUCCAGUUCCUCGGAAUGUAAAGAGAAACACAAGAAAAAGAAGAAGAAAGAAAAGCAUAAGAAGAGGAAGAAAGAAAAGAAGAAGAAGAAACGAAAGUAUAAGUCUUCCAAGUCGAAUGAGAGUUCAGACUCGGACUGACAACAACUUGACUUGUUCCACAUUCUCUUCUCCCAAAUCAGACACUGUGGCCAAAGACCAGAGGAUGUGGAAUCGGGGAGGACUAGGAGAGAGCCGCCUAGAGAGCAGGGUAUUUGGUGUCACGUGUGUGAAUUCUCACCUGCCUUCCAGCAAAGAUGUGACCCCAGGAGGGGCUGUGAUAGGGUGGAAAAAACUGAUUCCUACACACUGAUGGGAAAUGACAACAGAGGCAAAUGAGACUUUGAGAAGACUAAAGGUCCUUCAAGCUCCUUUGAAAAAGGAGAGACCUUUGCUGUCCAAAUGGAAUCUGACAGCCUCAUACCACCUUCAACAUGGGGCAUAUAACCUAGACUGGUCCAGGAGACUAGUCCAUCUUCCUGGAUUGGUAAGUAGAACCAGGAUGACAUGUGACAAAACCAAACCACCAGGAGUCAGCUUUGGAACUCUUGUU